UCACUUUCCUAGAGCGCAAAAGAAAAGGGUAUUACUAAUAUAUUCUACAUUGCUACUAGCUGCUGCUUUCCGGCGUGUCUCACCGGAAGAAAUUGCUUGCUAAUUGCCAUGGCCGAUCACGCCGGAGACGGAGACGAUCACAAAUCUGCUGCAGAAUCUAUCAUCGAUAAGAUCACUGAGAAAUUCCAUGGGAGUUCCUCUGAAUCCGAGGAUGAGAAGGAUCUCAAAUCGGCGGCCUCCGCCGUGAAAGCCAAGAUCUACCGCCUUUUUGGCCGCGAGAAGCCAGUGCACAAGGCUUUGGGCGGUGGAAAGCCUGCUGAUAUUUUCCUCUGGAGAGACAAGAAAAUUACUGCUGGUGUGCUGGGCUUUGUCACUGCUAUCUGGGUUCUGUUCGAACUGCUCGAGUAUCACUUGCUCACUCUGGUUUGCCAUGUUCUAAUUCUUGUUCUUGCACUCAUCUUCUUGUGGUCGAAUGCAUCCAUCUAUAUCAAAAAAUCCCCACCGAAGAUUCCUGAAGUUGUGAUUCCAGAGGAUGUAUUCUUGGGAGUAGCCUCUGCACUUAGGAUAGAACUCAAUCGAGCUUUUGCUAUACUUCAUGAUAUAGCAUCCGAUAGAGAUCUCAAGAAAUUUCUUGGAGUGAUAGCUGGCCUUUGGAUUCUUUCAACUCUGGGAAGUUGCUUCAACUUCCUUACCUUGUUUUACAUAUGUUUUGUUCUGUUGCACACAAUACCUGUUCUGUAUGAGAAAUACGAACGUCAGGUGGAUGCAUUCUGUGAGAAGGCUGAGAUUGAAAUCAAGAAACAAUUUGCUGUCUUUGAUGCUAAGGUUUUGAGUAAAAUUCCGAGAGGCCCUCUCAAAGAUAAGAAGCUGGCUUAGAUCCCUCCGAGGUGGCGGUACUAGUUUCGUUUCUUGAAUUGUUCCCAUUUUGUCUGGUUCGUAAACUUAUUGUGGUACUCAGACAAUUUUUGAGGUUUAUGUGUUUUUGUGUGGGAAUUGGAUAGUCCCUUUGAUAGACUCUCACUCUCACUCUCACUCAUUAUAAUUUUACUAUUUGGAAGAAUUUACAAGUUUUGUUGAAUCUUAA